CCGCCGCCGCCGCCGCCCCCGUCGAGCUCCUCCGUUCGUGCUCUUUCGGAGGGAGGGAGGGAGGGGAGGGUAUAUCUUGGUUGGAUUUCUCCUGCUCGUCAGCUGCGUCAGAAUGAGCUCGGUCUUGCAGGGCUUCUCCAAAUCGCUCGCCAUGACCGUGCUGUCCGAAAUCGGGGACAAGACCUUCUUCGCUGCCGCGAUUCUGGCUAUGCGUCACCCAAGGAGACUUGUCUUGUCAGGUUGCUUGGCAGCUUUGGUGGUGAUGACUAUUCUUUCUGCUUUUGUUGGUUGGGCUGCUCCUAACCUGAUUUCCCGUAAAUGGACUCACCAUAUAACGACAUUGUUAUUCUUUGGGUUUGGCAUAUGGUCUUUGUGGGAUGGAUUUCAUGAGGGAGGGGAAUCUGAAGAACUAGCUGAAGUUGAAGCAAAAUUGGAUGCUGACUGGACGAAGGCUGGCUCUGGAACAGCCAAACAGAAUGGCAAGGUUUCUGAUGAUGUUAAAAAAGAGACGCGACCAUUUCUCUCACAGUUCUUCUCACCCAUCUUGUUGAAGGCAUUUUCAAUCACUUUUUUUGGUGAAUGGGGUGACAAGAGCCAGCUGGCUACAAUUGGUCUGGCUGCAGACGAGAAUCCAUUUGGUGUAGUUCUUGGCGGAAUUGUCGGACAAGCAUUGUGCACAACUGCUGCUGUUGUGGGAGGGAAGAGCUUGGCAUCUCAGAUUUCUGAGAGACUAGUAGCCCUCUCAGGCGGAGUCCUCUUUAUCGUGUUUGGUAUUCAGUCCUUUCUCUCAACAGUGUAAUGAUAUGACAUGCGAUAUUGUUUAAGUGAGAAGAUAUAAGGAAAAUCAGCUUUCUGGAUUGCCAAAAGAAGGGGACUGGAACUAUUUAUCCUAUUAUUACUUCAUAGUGACGGAGAAGAUAAAAGAUGACAACUUUAAUUUCGAAAGAGACACGAGUUGGCUUUAUGGUGAUGGUAGCCAGCUACAUUGGUGUACUUUCGACUUGUUAUAGACAGUUCUUAGAAACUUCAUUCAGUCCAUAUAACAUUUUGCUUCCUUUCUAACUCUUCUAUAGAUGAAAAUCGUACUGGAAUGUCAAUGUCAGGAAUUCCAUUCCAAUUGGUAUAGCUUUGAUAGCUCUUCACCAUAUUUCUGCCACUCUUUCUCACUUGUUCUUUCCUUAAGAUACAAUGUACCCUUUAUGUACUUGUAUUCUGUCCAACAUGCUUUUCUUUUUCUGGCCAA